AAAAGCACACGGUCUAGAAUUCGAAUGAGCGCGACUCUCUUUCAACGACAAACAGUUGCUCACGUGAUUUAUAUGAAUCACGUGAAAUUGGCAAGUCGAAUCAAUCAAUCAGCCGAAUUUGUACAAAUUUGGUGCAGGUCGCAAACUGGACGAGCACAAUCGGUUAUUCUGAAUGGGUGGAAUGCGUUAUGCCAAGGAUAUUUUUCUAAGGAUAUAUUGUUUUCGAUAAGAGGAAAGAGUGUGCGCACAAGGUCUGCCAUACGCAAGGAAAGCGAUACAUUCCACACCCCUUCGAGUAGAAACAUCCUAAUAAAUCGAAAACCCUUUGUGGAGACG